AGGUGCUUGUGGAUUUCCCAGCAGUGAGAGUGGUCAUGUCAGAGUUAAAUAAAGAAGUGGUGGAUCUGGUUUGGGGGAGACCCUCCAGUGGAGGAGUGUCUGCCUCCAUCUUCCGAAGAUGGACACAAGGGUUUGUCUUCAGUGAGAAUGAGCACACUGCACUGGAGCAAUUUGAAGGAGGGCCAUGUGCUGUCAUUGCACCUGUGCAGGCUUUCCUCUUAAAGACCAUUCUGUUUAAUAGAGAAAGUUCCAACUGGAGACACAUUUCAGAGGAGGAGCAGAAAACAGCACUGUGUUCCACGCUGAGUGAAAUUCUGGAGUCCGCCUGUUCCAGCCCCUCCACAGGGUUCUGCCUAGUGUCCUGGGCCAAGGGACAGGGCCCACAUACUAGCACACAUACUACCACGCAGACAAAGCCACAGUCACAAACACAGGACUUGCCAGUGCCAGAGAGCAGCCAGCCACCACAGGAGCAGCAACCCACUGCUUUGGCUGCUGAGGACCUUGGCUUUGAACGAUUUCACAGUGUUCUCCACAAGCGGACUGUUGGGUUAGUGUCUGAUCUCAGAGAGGAGAUGUUGUCUCUUUACCACACCUGGAGGGGGUGCUGUGGAGUCUUGCUUUUCCUCUACUCUGUCAUCCUCACCAAGGGCAUAGAAAAUAUAAGAAAUGAGAUCCAAGACACAAUGGAGCCUCUCAUAGAUCCUGUGCAUGGCCAUGGCAGUCAGAGCCUGGUGAACCUCCUUGUAACUGGCCACGCUGUUUCUAAUGUCUGGGACGGAGACAGGGAGUGCUCUGGCAUGAAACUCCAUGGUAUUCACAAACAGGCAUCAGUUGGCUUCCUUACACUUAUGGAAUCACUCCGCUACUGCAAGGUCGGGGCAUUCCUUAAGUCUCCAAAGUUCCCUAUUUGGAUCCUUGGCAGUGAAACUCACCUCUCUGUUUUUUUCACCAAGGAGAUGUCCCUGGUAGGUCCAGAGUCUCCAUCAGAACAGGCACGGAGGGUCUUCCAGUCAUUCGAUCCUGAAGAUAGUGGCUUCAUCCCAGAUUCUCUACUGGAGGACGUGAUGAAAGCCCUUGACCUUGUCUCAGAGCCUGAGUAUGUCAGUCUGGUGAAGAGUAAGCUGGAUCCAGAGAGUUUGGGCAUAAUCCUUCUGGGCCCUUUUCUCAUGGAAUUCUUCCCUGAUCAGGAUUCAGGAAUCCCAGACUCAUUUCCCGUCUACCACUACAAUGGACUUAAACAGUCCAACCACAACGAGAGGGUAGAAUAUGUGGAAGGGACAGCUUUGGUGCUAGGUUUCGAGGACCCCAUGGUUCGGACAGACGACACUCCAGUCAAGCGCUGCCUACAGACCAAGUGGCCCUACAUUGAGCUGCUGUGGACCACCGAUCGCUCCCCAUCUCUGAACUAGCAGGUCCAUGCGGUUGUGUUUGUUAAUGCGGAUGGACCACUGCUGACCCACCACACACCCCUCUGCACGCUGACCCUAAAAGGUCAGCAGGUUAAAAAGACUGAGAUACAGAUAUACAGUGGAGAUGAAUGAGAAAAUCACAAAUGCACACAAGAGACUGAGACAAACACAUUCAUGGCCUAAACAUACAUGCCUAAGAUCCAUUCCUUCAUUCUCACCCACAUUCAGCAGAAAUGCAAAUCAGACUCACCAAUUCAUGCUAUUGUCUGUUCACCAUGGCUUGUAAUUUGACACGCAGGAUGUUUAUGAUGUUAUUUAAAAAAGAAGAAACUGAAUGACUGUUUAUUUUUACAGCUCUGUGCCGACACCUCUGCAAAAGUUUACCAGUAGACAGCUAGUCGCUGUUCAGAGAGCAAACUAGUUUGGUGUGUGUCACCAAAUCACAUGCUGAACCACAUGUACAGCCAGUUGACUGUGAAACACUACUGUUAAUACAGCUAUAGGACUGUUUGAGGGAAAACCUACCAAAGCCUCCGACCUAUGAGAAAACACGCACACACAUACACACACACACACACACACACACACAUACUGACACACAUAGUGCUAAGCGUUUACAGCAUAAAGGGACCAACCCAGGCGCAAAGAACUGGAUCUCUGGACAGCAGGUAUCUUCAGUGUUUUCAUACAGAUGUAAGUGUGCAAACUGGUUCAGGUGCUGUGUGUCUGUGCGCGUGUGUGUGCGCGUGUGUGUGCAUGUGUGCGCUUCAUGCACCACUCUAAGAUGUUGGCCAAGUGCUCAUGUAUUUAUUAUCACACUCAAAGGUUCUGGAAUAAACACUCUUUUUUUUUUGUUCAAAUAUUGGUGCUGUGUGUUUUAGUAGCUUUGUAAUCGAAGACAUCCUCCUAUAUGUGUGUGUGUUUGUCUCAUAAAUGUGGUGUCCCGACCCCAACAUCA